AUGCCUCACCCUACCAUCUCUGUAUGUGAGGGUUACUUCCCAGAAGAGCCAGUUGCACCAGUAGUGGUGACUUCCUCGCCAGGUCCAAAACUGAAGAAGGCUGCUGACGCUUUGAAUAAGGUCUUCGACUCGAGAGCUGCAUACUUUGUUGCUGACUAUGCCAAGUCUCAGGGCAACUACAUCGUCGAUGUCGACGGAAACUCGUACUUGGACGUCUAUGCUCAGAUCGCUUCUAUUCCAUUGGGUUACAACAACCCCAAAUUGGUGGAGGUUGCCAAAUCCGACAAGAUGACAUCUGCCAUUAUCAACAGACCUGCUUUGGGUAACUUCCCUGGUGCCGAUACCGAGGAGAUCAUCGCUGAAUUGUUGAAGGUGGCUCCAAAGGGCCAGGACAAGGUGUGGUCUGGUUUGUCUGGUGCCGAUGCCAAUGAGUUGGCUUUCAAGGCCGCCUUCAUGUGGUACCAAAGCAAGAAGAGAGGCUACUCAAGCGGAUUUUCUACCGAAGAAACUGAGUCGGUAAUGAAAAACCAGGCACCAGGCUCUCCAGAGCUCGCCAUCAUGUCCUUUGAGCGCGCCUUCCAUGGUAGAUUGUUCGCUUCGGCCUCUACUACCUGCUCCAAGCCUAUCCACAAGUUGGACUUACCUUCUUUCAACUGGCCUAAGGCCGAGUUCCCUUCCUACAAGUACCCCUUGGAGGCUAACGUUGCCGCUAACCAAGAGGAGGACCGUAGAUGCUUGGCUAUCGUCGAGAAUUUGUUGAAGACUUGGGCUGUUCCUAUCGCUGCAGUAUUGAUUGAGCCAAUUCAGUCCGAGGGUGGUGACAACCACGCCUCAAACGAGUUCUUCCAGGGUUUGAGAGAUGUCACCUUAAAAUACGGCUCUCUCUUGAUUGUUGAUGAGGUCCAGACCGGUGUGGGUGCCACAGGAACUUUCUGGGCUCACGAACACUUCAACAUGUCUCCUCCUCCAGACAUGGUUACCUUCUCCAAGAAGUUCCAAAGCGCAGGCUACUACUUCCAUGACCCAGAGAUCAUUCCAAACCAACCAUACAGACAGUUCAACACCUGGUGUGGUGACCCAGCUAGAAUGAUCUUGGCAGGUGCCAUUGGAAAGGAGGUUGUUGACAAGGACUUGGCAAAGCAGGCCGCCCGUGUCGGUAACUACUUGUAUCCUAAGUUGGAGGCUUUGGCGGGCAAGUAUCCAGCUUACAUGGCUGACUUGAGAGGUAAGAACAGAGCUACCUUCAUUGCCUGGUCUUUCAAGGAUGCAUCCUUGAGAAAUAAGUUUUUGGCUGACAUGAAGACUGUUGGCAUCAAUGUUGGAGGAUGCGCCGAGGACAGUGUCAGAUUGAGACCAACCUUGGUUUUUGAGGAGAAGCACGCCGACAUUCUUGUUGCUGGCAUCGAGAAGAUCUUGUCUUCAUACUAA